AUGGGAGACUACGGAGAAGGGGUUGAAGGCAAACCUCCACUUGUUGGAUUCAGCGAGGAAGUGGAAGAGAUUUGGCAGAGCCUACUCGACAAGCACAAAUUGAAGCAACGACACCAUGCAAAUAUUUCCAAGGUUGCAUCGAAUGAGUCGCUGAACACAUGCAAAUCCGGAGUUUUGAAAUCCAAUAGUGUUUCUGAUAUUGGUCGAGUUAUGCUGAAGUUUCGUGAGCUCGAGAAGGAAGAGAUCGAAGGAAGGAAAGAGGACGUGUACUCCAAAAGCUAUGUACCAAAGAAAUACUCGAAGUUCUCCGCAGAAUAUGGAACGCCAAAACCAGGGACACUUACAGAAAUGCGGGCGAAGAAAGCGUCGAAGCAUAUUGCAAGAGAAAUGCUUUACCUGUGUGAAGUUAUACUAGAGUAUGGCCGCUUCACAAAGGAAGGACGGAUGGAGAUUACAUUUGGAAAACUCUUUUCCGUGUAUCAGUUCAUAUCAGAUAAGGUUGUGGGAAUUCUUUUGCGAGCUCGUAAACAUCAUAUGGUAGAUUUCGAUGGUGAAAUGUUAUACCAAAGACGGGACGAAGAUGUGAUCAUAACGUUAUUGUUAUCGGAUGAGGAGCUUAAUAGAGAACUUCCUGACAUUUACAUACCACAAAACAUCAUGAAGAACGCCUACUGCGAGGACGGAGGAGUACAACUUGAAAGCUCCCAAAUCGUGGAAACUUCGUCAUACGUAUACCUCGAACGUUCUAUGAAUAUGGAAAACGACUUAAAGGAAGAACUGAAUAGAAGAAUGAGAGCAGCAUGUGCAGCAUUCACAGCCGUUAAGGAAGCUACGGACCAACUGACGGACCAAGAUCUUUGUGCCCAUCUGUUCGACUCCACAGUUCUUCCAGCGCUCUGUUACGCAGCGGAGACUUGA